AUGCCGUCCGAAGGAAACCCGCCACCACAGUUUCCUCAUUCCAGCUUCUCUUCAGUUUCCAUUGCCAACACUAUGGUAGGCGUCCUCCUCUUGCCUCCUGCACAAUCUCCUUUCUUAUCACAGUUUGGUAGUUCUUCCUCACCUGACUACAUUCUCAGCCUCAACCAGGCAAGGGCUAACCAGGAUCCCAUGGCCUUAUGUAUCGGAAUGCUAGAAGUGAGGGGAAAUUCGGAAAAUGUAAAAGCUGAAGAAUUUAAAAGAGGGAACAGUUUGAAGUUGCUAUAA